AUGGCGUCUGCUGGUCUGAGAGAUGAGCUGAACUGCUCCAUUUGCCUUCACCUUUAUACUGAUCCUGUAACACUGCCCUGUGAUCAUAACUUCUGUCAGAGCUGCAUUCAGCGUGUGAUUGAUACCCAGGAUAGAGCCAAGCGAUACUCCUGUCCUGAGUGUAGAGAAGAGUUUCAGCAACACCCUGCCCUGAGAAAGAACAGAAAGCUGAGUAAUAUAGUGGAGAGUUUUCUUUCUGUUAAACCGGAUGAGGACAAGUCUGAGAUCUUCUGUAGUUACUGUGUGACCUCUUCUGUACCUGCUAUAAAAACCUGCUUGCAUUGUGAGGCCUCGUUGUGUGACCAACAUGUGAGUGUGCACAGCAAACUGGACAACCACAUCUUGAUUGAACCCUCAGCUUGUGUUGAGUCCAUGAAAUGCUCUGUGCACUGUGAACCCCUGAAAUAUUUCUGCUCUGAGGAUGACAUUUGUGUCUGUGUGUCUUGCUGCCUGGUGGGACAACACAAAGGACAUAACGUGGAGCUGCUGAGAGAAACGGCUGAGAAGAAGAAGGGAAACCUAAAAAAUGUUCAGAACAAGCUGAAUCUAAACCGUGGAGAGGUUGAAAAAAAUGUCCAAAGCUUGAAGGAAGGCUUAAUGAAUUUGCACGAAAAAGCAAACAGUGAGACUAAACGAUUCACAGCUUUAAUUAGCAACAUCACUGAACAGCAGAGAACAUUAGAGAAGCAAAUCAUGAAUGAAAUCUUUAGGCAAGAAGAUCAGCUUGCACUUAAGUUUGUAAGUCAAAUCCAACAGAUGGAAAAGAAAAAGGAUGAACUGUCCAAGAAGAUUAAUAAGAUUGAAGUUCUUUGCAAUAUUGCUGACCCAUUAACUGUGUUACGGAAACUGAAAUCUGACCAAGAUGCCUUUUGUGAUGAUGAAGAUGGAGAAAAUAAGAGAGAAGAGGAGACCAAGGUGAAGAAUGAAGAGGGGGAUGAUGAUAAGGACAUAGAUGAUUUGGAUGAGAAUCUGAUGUCAGUGACAUUACUCACAGGUUUAGCUCAUAUUGUGUCUGGGGUAAAGAGGGACGUCUAUGGGCAGGAGGCUACAGAUCUGUUACUGGAUGUACAAACAGCUGGUAAUUAUGUCAUAUUAUCAAAUGAGAGGAAAACUGCUUCAUCAUCAGAAAAAGACCAGAGACGCCCAAAAACCAGCAGAAGAUUUCAGGAUUAUAACCAGGUUUUAAGCAGCAGGAGUUUCUCCUCGGAGAAGUAUUACUGGGAAGUGAAAGGAAGUGACUCAGGACACUGGGAGGUUGGGGUAGCCUAUCCAAGCAUAACGAGACAAGGGGACGAGUCCAGCAUGGGGGAGAAUGACAAGUCCUGGUGUCUACGCAAAGGGAAUGAGAAAUAUUCAGCUAUACAUGACAGUAGCCUGACUGUUUUACAUGAGAGACCUUCCAGCCUGAAUAUAAUAAUAUCUCUUGACUAUAAAGCUGGGCGCUUGUCCUUUUAUGAGCUGGGUGACCCAAUAAGACACUUACACACAUUCACUGCCACCUUCACUGAGCCGCUCCAUGCUGCAUUCAGUAUAUGGAAGAAUGGCUCAGUGAGAAUUGUUAGUUAG